AUGCCCCCCGGCCUCUAUCGCGAGGUUGUGUCCCACAAGUACCGCUUCUAUUACCUGUUUCAUCUAACCAGCAUUCUUCGAGCGACGCUCAUGAUACUUCAGCUCUUGAUUGGAGCCGCCCUCACUGCCCUCGGUUCAAUGUCCUUGGAGGAUGGCCGACCCAUUACUGUUCUGGGCGCUGUCAACACCGUCAUCGCUGGGCUGCUUGCCCUGCUUCACAACAGUGGUCUCCCAGACCGCUAUCGAAGCGACAUGGCAGGUUUCGAAGAAAUCGAGGACCGUAUCAAAGAAUUCCUGGAUUCCGGCAUCGCUCUGGUAGACCAAAAACCUGAACAGGUACUUGCCGAGUGUUUCGACCUGUAUCGUCAUGCAAAGUCGACGGUUACUGUGAACAUGCCGUCAAAUUAUGCUUCCAGGCAGAUGCUCCAGUCAAUUCAGAAGAACGUGGCGGCUACACAUCCUGCCGGAGCGGGAUCCAAUUCAUCCCCAAUCAAAGGACCGGGAGAACAAGAUUCAGGAAAAGCAAAUGAUCUGCAGUACACCCACCAGUAUAGACGGCACUUGGCGCGUACUUGCCAUUUUUCACAUUGGCUUUGCUACAUGUAUGCUUGGCCAAGCUCCAUAGUAUAUCGCUCUUGGCUGUUUGAAGUGACUUUUCCCUUUGAAUUGAAUUGGCUUACGACGUGGUUCUCGUGA